GAUCGGGUAUACUUUUGAAAAUAAAGACCAUGGUUGACAACUGCCUUAAUCCCACGUGGAAAGGGUAUUUGUAUGACGAGGUUAAUGAAGGUUACUUCUUCCACGGGACAAAAAGAAAUGGAGCUGAAAAUCUGUUGAAACAAGGAUUAGAACCCAGGAUGUCACAUGGGGAAACCGUACUUGGUCCAGUCAUAUACAUGGCAGAAAGUUCAACCAAAGCUGACCAAUACGCAGAUGAUAUAAGCAAAAGACAAAGAGAAGGGUUACAGAUGUUUCUUGUAAGAGCGUGUCUCGGAGAAGCCUGUACCCUGACAGAAGCCAGAAAACUAAAACGUCCACCCUGUUGCAUGAAGUGCUUUGAAGACGAUAGUUGUGACAAUGAGAACAGAUAUGACAGUGUGGUUUUGGAUCAGUUUAUAUUUCGAGAAUUUGUUGUGUACGAAAGCAGUCUUGUGUAUCCGGAGUAUCUUAUAACAUAUGACAGAGUUGCAUAAAAUGGACAACUAAAAUAUUGUUGUUAUUAUGCAUUAGGAGGAUGCUAUACUAUACACAGUACACCUUGGCAGACAAGAAAUAAUGAACCGUGUUCUACUCAUGGGGUAAACUAAGGCCUAAAGCUGGACAUGAUUUUCCGCUGCUUUGCCUAUUGGAUAUUAUCUUUUUUCCAUGCUUCCAAAUACAAAACUCGUGUUUUCAGUGACGUCAUUGUCGUUCGGCCUGCUCCUUCUAAGAUAUGUGAUAAUCAUUUGACACA